UGGAUACCAGUUGCAGACAUGUGUUUUCGUCGCUGUGGAGUGGGUGUUGCAGUUUUAGAUAAUGUACUGUAUGCUGUAGGUGGUGGUGAUGGACUAAAAGUUCAUAGAAGUGUUGAAGCAUACAGACCAAGUACGGGAGUUUGGUCUACUAUUCCAGACAUGUAUUUGUGUCGAUGUGAUGCAGGAGUAGCGGUAUUAGAUGGUUUAUUGUAUGUUAUCGGUGGUCACGACGGAGCUUCUUAUUUGGAUUCGUUAGAAUAUUACAACCCUAACACUUAUACCUGGACCAUGAUCACAGCGUCAAUGAAUUUUGCACGGUCUAAUGCAGGAGUUGGAGUCAUUGAUAUGCCACAAUAUUUUAAAACUUGUUAGCAUUCAUUUUUUUUUUUUUUUGAUUCAUUAUAUUACUACUUUCUCAUAUUGUAUAAUAAUAUUUUUAUUAUUUUCCUAUUUAUUUUAUAGUGUUUGAAUGUUUUGUGAAAAGAUUUUUAGUAUCUAAACUAUAAAUGUAUAGCCAAUCAUAGGCCACCAUAAUUCGAUGGCUAAGAGGCCAAAAGGUUAAUCUUAUAUAAAUAUUAAGUGGGAAAAUGUAACAAGUCCAAACUUGUUACUUUUGUCCAAAAUAAUUCAUUCAAUUUUCCACGUAUAAUGUUUUAGAUAAUAUUGAAUAUGUUGUUCUAUUUAUGUAAAAAAUGAAUAUUUCCGAACGUAUUUGUAGUAUGUAAUAAUAUGUGUGUACAAAGUGGCCAUAGCGGAUAAAAUGGCCAUGACUCAUUAUUCUAUUGUACUGAAAUAAAUAGCUGGUUAUAUAACGUGGAUUGAUUGAUUUUUAUCACAUUUAUCAAUUGAUAAACCACUAAGGAAUGCCGUUUUCGUUUAUAGCUAAUACUUCGUGUUUUGAGGGAGUUGAUGUAAGAUAUGUGUAACGA